AGAAAUGAACAGUAUGAUCAUAACAAAAAGUUUCUUGUUCACCAUGUAGCAAUUGACACGGCAAGCCUUGAGAUAUGCCGGCGCCCCACGAGCUCCUCGAAGCACUUCGAGCAAGAACAUGCCAAUUAUGAUGCCUCCUUUGAAGCUACACAACGAAGACAAAUACAAGGACAGAGUUGGCACUCUCUUGUUGGUUGCAACCCUCGUGGCUACUGUAACCUUUGCAACGGCUUUCACCGUGCCCGGUGGUUACAACGGCUCUGGAGGUGUGGCAACUUUUCUAGAAAAGAAGAUGUUCCAAUUGUUCGUAAUUUGCAACACCAUAGCUAUGUAUAGUGCCAUUGCUGUUGUUGUCACUCUCAUCUGGGCACAACUCGGUGAUCUUAACUUGGUUAUUGCUGCCUUUAAGUUCGCUGUGCCAAUUUUUGGGUUAGCUCUAACAAUGGUCUCCGUAGCAUUCAUGGUAGGCAAUUAUCUAGUAUUAAGAAACCUCAACUGGCUUGCCUAUCUAGUUUUAAUCAUUGGCUCAUUCGUCCACCUUACUCUCUUGACACUAUUUUCUCCACUUUGUUUUCCCAGUUCCUUACACCAUCGUUUUCUUCGCUACAUCCUUUACUAACCAUUUUGCCUUUUGAUAAAAGUUACUAGGAGUGACACUGAUGAUAGGAAAGAAGAAUAAUCUCCUUUACGUAUGUUAUAUGUAGUUUGCCAAUGUGUAUGCCUUUG